AUGUGCUUUCCUGGCCUAGUAGGACCAAACAGCAGAUGGGGAAUUUUUUUUUUAUCUGUUCGUAAUUUUUCUAUAUUAGAAAGAUACAUAAGAGCAAAACCACAUUCUAAUGAAUUAAAAAUAAGCCAAGUAAAUGCGGAUGAAGAAAGAAAAGAGGAAAAUAAAAAAAAAGAAAGUAAAUACUACCCACCUAAUAUAACUCGAGGAGUAAUACCGAAAAGUGCUUAUAUUAAUACAUGGAAAAUACCAGAACAACCAGAAAAUCCGAAAUUUCUUAAAAUUGCUCUAAUAGGUGCACCAAAUGCAGGUAAAAGUUCUCUAUUAAAUUCAAUACUUAACAAAACCAUUUCAGCAGUUUCACCAAAAAUUAAUACAACCAAACAAGAUAUAAAGGGAGUAUAUACUAAGGAUAAUGUUCAGCUAAUAUUUAUUGACGCCCCUGGUAUUAUUCCAUCUCAUAAAAAAAAAAACUUUUGUAAAGAAUUGGUGAGUUAUGCUUGGAAGGGGUAUGAAGAAGCAGACCUCGUUUUAUUUAUUGCAGACACAGUAAAACGUCCAACGUAUGACAUUCUUAAUAUAGUUCGAAUGUUAGCACCAAAAAAUGUAGUACCAUAUUGCAGUGACAGUGAGAGUGAAAGUGAGAACUGUAAUGAGAGUGGAAGUGGGAACCAAGGCUAUUGUGGAGCGGAAAGAAACCCUCCUUCAAGUGUACUAUACAGUGAUAAUGAUAAAUAUAAAGAAAAUUUCAACCAAUAUGAUGUUAAUAACUAUGAUGAAAACGAAUUUGAACAAAAUGAUAAAAUCCCACAUGACAAUGAGAAUAACUAUUGGGGCAAUCCAAAUAUGGGGGAUUUUUUAGUAAAUGAAAAUGAUGAUCAGAAAAAGAAAGAUGAGAAGUUUAUUGAAUAUUUUUCCAGUACAAUGGAAAUGGAUUCCAAAUAUAAUGAUAAGAGUGUUAAAAAAAAUUUAUUUGAAAAUAGAAAAAAAAUAAUUGAAUCAUAUCAACACAACACCAUGCGCACAAAAAAUAACGUGAUUAAUGCUGAAAGAAAACAAGUUAUCCCUCCUGUAAUAUUAGUAUUAAAUAAAGUAGAUUUAUGUACACAUAAUAAAUGGGCUAAUGCAAGAGCCAAAGAAUUUAUGAAUAAUGGAAAUUUUGAUAAUAUAUUUUUUAUAUCUGCUAAAUAUAAUAAAGGAAUUGAAGAAUUACUAGAUUAUAUAAUAAAACAUAAAGCAAAAAAUCAAUUUUGGGUAUAUCCCAAAGAUACAAAUACUACUUUAAGCAAAGUACAAAUUGUUGAACAGCUAAUAAAUACUUACUUAUAUUGCUGGUUUAAUAAAGAUGUUCCUUAUAAAAUUAAACAUCAUAUGUUAUCAUGGUGUGUUAACUUAAAUAACUGUCUUAUAAUUGAAUAUCAAAUCAUAGUGAAAAGUGCAAAAGUAGCCAAGAUGAUUUGUGGUGUACACAACAAGCUAAUAAUUAAUAUGCGAAAAAAUGUAUCUUAUAAAUUGACUAAAUUGUGGGACCAAAAUGUGUACGUACACAUUCAUGUAAAGUCUGUCAACGUGUAA